AUGGCGUCAAAGACAGAGAAAAAGCAGGAUUCCCUCAUACCAGAAGCCUACUUGGACUAUCCGUCACAAAGGCUGUAUUCUCUCAGUCUUUGGCUUCUCUGCCAGCUCGUCACAAUAUCUGUCAUCAAUUGCUUCUUGUUCGGGGGACUCACCAUCACCACCGGUGGCGCCUCAUUCAAGUCAUCAAGUCGUCCAGAGAGUAGCAUCUACUCAUCCUCGGGCUUCGACCUCCUCAGCUACAUUGCGCCACUCUCGUUCGGUCUCAUUGGUUCCUCUGGAGAUGGUCACCUGCUCGGACAACACACCGUGCGCAUGUCACCAAUCAGCACUGCGCAGCUCAACCCUCAAAGCGACAACUUCUGCCUCUCACCGACGUCAAAAUUCGUUCUCGUCCCUGUCCUUCUCAACAAUACCGAGGUCGCUGGUUUGAGAUACACGCAGGCGCCAUUGAAAUCCCACUCCGACGCGCCACCCAAAAUUGAGCGAUUCGAUCUCUCAGCCAGGGAUCUGAAGGCCAUCGCCCAGGCGUACCAGGAUCUUAUUCAAACGACCAAACCUCAGCCGCCUACCCCAACAGAAGAGGAAGAUGAAUAUGAUGAGUACGAUGACGACGACGACGAGGACGAACACUCACGCCCUCAAUCCAACCUCGAAAAGUCACAAAACCUUGUCUAUCUCCGUGUAUCCAAGCCCGGAAUCAUCAAGCUGGAGCACGUCAUUGGUUCGGGCAACGUUGAAGCGCGCAUCUCGCCCGGAGAGGUUGUGGUGGUUCCAUGCCCUACAGUAUCCUUCCCCGACCCACCAUCACGUCACCAAGAACCAGAAGUUCAAUGCGCAGGUCAGGACAACAGCCGAGAGCUGACCAUCAAUGUUUACGGAGUACCACCGUUGAGCCUUCGAUGGGCGAAGUCCGUUAAUGGCCAGAAAGAACAGUUCUUGGUCGAAGGUAUUGAAGGGGAGCACGGUCAUGCCCACCGUGCUGAACAAGCUUCCGGGUCUAUCGUUCAAUCAACCAGGCACGUUGCAGAGCCAGACCGAGUUCAAUUGCCUUUGACUGUGACCUUGAACUCGCCCGGUACAUACGUUUAUACGUUGGAGGAGAUUGUGGAUGGAGUUGGCAACGUCGUGAAGAUGGGAAAUGACGGCAACACUGCCGCGACGACCUCGACGAAGCAAUCCUUUGUUGUCUUGACCAGACCAGCUAUUUCGUUCUCCCAUUGCAGUUUGGAGAAUCCCAAGGCAUUGCUGAUUGGCUCUGAAACAAGUCUGCCUAUCCGAGCUUCUUCUGGUGACGCUCGUGACGGACCUUGGGAGAUUUCCAUGAAGUAUCAGCCCGAUCCUGAAGACACGAGCAAGAAGCACAAACCCUGGAACAAAAUCAUCAAGGCUUCAGGUGACAAGCCGGAUGCGUCACUUAUGGCCGGCAGCCCUGGCGAGUACUCCAUCGUUGGGAUCAAAGGAAAGGUACAGUUUGCAUUCAUUCUUGAAACGAGACCAAUACUGACAGUUUCCGCCUCAAGUACUGCUCCGGUACUGUUUUCGCCCCCAGUAUUCUACAGGGUCCAACGUGACAACGAGCCAACCCGCGAACACUCCAAGACAUUCUCAAGUUCUCGAGGAGAAUUGACGCUGCAACCCGAACGGAGCGGACACUACAUCUUCACCUUCGUUAGCCUCAGCGAUGCCAACUAUCGCAAGGUUGAGUUGCGUGGACCCAGCAUCGAACAAAUCAUUCACCCAUUGGCUUCUGCUGACUUUGCCGACUCACAUAUCUCGGGCAAAACCAAACGAAGCAUCAAUAGCUGCUCUGGGCAGUCCGUGGACGUCGCCGUUGAUCUCAAGGGCACUGGCCCCUGGAAUUUGGAGGUGCAGGUUAUUGGUCCACAGAGCUCUGAGACUCUCCGCUUUGAUGGACUUCAAACAUCGAGGGCCCCGAUCUCAGUUCCUGUCCCUCAAUCUAUUGUUCGAAAUGGGGGUCAAUUUGAGAUCGUUCUUCUGAGUGUGGAGGAUGCGUACAAGUGCAAGAGGUCCCUCUCUGCCCCAGGAAUCGUGGUCAACGUCAAGCGUACUAGACCAACUGCUAGGUUCUACGGUACCGACGAGGAGCGAUAUGUCUCUAUUACAGAAAACGACGAAGGGAAGCUACCUCUGAGAUUGACCGGAAGCGGGCCAUGGAGUGUUGUUUACCGUAGAACCGACACCCCCUCGAGGAACAUCACUGCGAGGUUAUUAAACCCCAAUGACCACAUCACUGUCCGCCAUCCCGGUACAUAUGAAUUGCUGUCGGUGAACGAUUCUCAAUGCCCUGGUACCAUCGCGUCAGAAGCUUCAACCUAUCGCGUCGACAUCAUUCCGAGACCAACUGCAAAACUUUCGCCCGAGACGCCAGCCACUUUCAAUACACAUAACGGCCGCUAUACCUUGAGGACUGUUUGCGAGGGUGUCAGCGACCAUGUUGAUUUGGAGCUGACAGGUCGACCCCCUUUCCAGAUUAUGUACAACAUCGGACAACCGAACGGACAAGGAGGAAUCGACAUGAUCGAGCAACCAACGAUCAACAGCAUCCAACCGCGAACUCGGUUCCAGCUGCUUACAUCCACUCCCGGUCGCAUGCUGUACGGUGUUAAACAGAUUGGGGAUUCCGUCUAUCCUCUCGAGAAGAACGCCGACCAACCGCCAGGCCUGAUCUUUGAACAACAGGUCGCAAUGCGUCCUUCUGCUCACUUCAAGAACCGCAACAGGAUGACUUACUGUCUUCACGACACCUUUGUUCCGCUCGAUAAAUCCUCGUCUGACGGCGUUGUCGUCCUGGAAGGCCAGCCGCCGUUCAUGUUGACUCUCACUGUCAGGAACGUUGCAGCCAGCCAGACUCAAAAGUUGCUCGUUGAAGUUCCAUCGAAUGUCUGGAAACUCGACUUGCCGACAUACGAAUUCGCUUCGGUUGGACCUCACCGCGUCACCAUCGACUCUGUCUCGGAUUCGUCCAACUGUGCGCAAUCGGAAUUAGAUCCUUUGCUAAGCUCUAUUUGGGUGGAUGUCGCGGAGACUGCUUCCAUCAUUCCCUUCGAAAACAGACCUGAUGUUUGCGUUGGCGAAAUCACCCAGUUCCAACUCGAGGGCAUCCCUCCUUGGACCAUCGGAUACCGGGUCAACAGCAGGUCGUAUACGAAGGAAGUCAAGACCUCGCCAUUCUCGAUUGCUCAACAGCAGCCUGGCGAAUUUACGAUUACUUCCAUUGCCCACCAACAACAGAUGUGCAAAGCUGUCGUCACCGACCUGAGAUUCAACGUCCAUCCCUUGCCUUCCGCUAAAGUGGGGCAGGGCAAGAAGAUCUUCCAGGACAUCCACGAAGGCGACCAAGCGGAGAUUGUGUUUACUCUCAUCGGAGAGCCUCCAUUCACAUUCACGUACCAGCGCGCAGAACCUAGCUCAAGAAAGGGCGGGAAGCCUGGAAGAGUGCUGGAGACGCAUACCGUUUCUCGCGUCAUGACUCACGAAUAUUCGAUCUUCUCCGCUCUUGAGGGUAUGUCCACACGAUUCGAACUUGGACAGUGA